CGGACUGGAUGGACAACAGAAAUUGGACAGCACUAAAUGAAUUCAUUCUGACGGGCAUCACAGACCACCCUGAUCUUCAGGCCCCCUUCUUUGGGCUGUUCCUCAUCAUCUAUGUAAACUCAGUGCUGGGCAACAUGGGCAUGAUCAUCCUCACCAAAGUGGACAACAGACUACAAACACCUAUGUACUUUUUUCUCAGACACCUGGCUUUCAUUGAUCUUGGUUACUCAACUGCCGUGGGACCCAAAAUGUUGGUAAAUAUUGUAACUAAUCAAAAUACAAUUCCCUACAAGUGGUGUGCCACACAGCUAGCAUUCUUCAUCAUGUUCAUCAUUAGUGAGCUUUUCAUUCUGUCAGCCAUGGCCUAUGACCGCUAUGUGGCCAUCUGUGACCCUCUGCUAUACACAGUGGUGAUGUCACCCAGGCUGUGCUGGGUGCUGGUGACAAUCCCUUAUCUCUACAGCAUCUUUCUUUCUCUGAUAACGACCAUCAAAAUUUUCAUCUCAUCCUUUUGUGGCAAUAAUGUCAUUCAUCAUUUCUACUGUGACAGUCUUCCCUUGUUAACUUUGAUUUGCUCAGGCACGCAAGAGGUUGAGUGGAUAGUACUGAUCUUUUCAGCAUUUAAUCUGGUCUCCUCUCUUCUGAUAGUCCUUGUUUCCUACACUCUGAUCCUCACAGCCAUCCUCAGGAUAAACUCAGCACAUGGUAGGCACAAGGCCUUCUCCACCUGCGGAUCUCACCUGACAGUGGUGGUCGUGUUAUAUGGGACCUUAUUCUUCAUGUAUGUGCAGCCUAAGUCCAGCCACUCCUUUGACUCUGAUAAAUUAGCCUCUGUGUUUUACACCCUGGUGAUUCCCAUGCUGAACCCCAUGAUCUACAGUUUGAGGAACAAGGAGGUUAAAGGUGCCCUGCACAGGAUAUGGAGCAAUCUGUGCAAACUUUGUUUGUAA